AUGCGUGGAGGUCUAGAUACAUUGGGUUGGAGUGGCAGUCUGAAGCAAGCCAUCGAGACCGUCACUUCCUUCGUGAAGUUCCAGACCAAAACCCAGACUCCAGCAUCGUCCCCAAACCCGACUGAAGAGACCACCACAAGCCUCAAGCUAGAUUAUCCCACACACCCAUUCCCCACCGAUCUCUCCGCUACCAUCUCCAAGCUCCCUUUCGGCUUCAGCGACAUGGCCCUGGCGCGCACACUCAGCGUCCAAACCAUCGAUCUUCUCGUGGACGUACACGAGCAAGACCUCGCCCAGCGCACCCAGCAGCCCAACAACUCCACCUCCUCGCCCAGCAGAAAACGCCUCUACACCGCCGACAAAUGCCUGCAGCUCCUCAAAUCGACCUCGAUGCCCGAACCGGAACGUAUGAUUGUUGGUGGCCUCCUCGCCUACACCGUCCAAUCACAACCCCCGGCCUCCCGCACGACCUUCUACGACGAAUCCCUCAUGUCCCUACUCGCCGAGCUGGCCCAAUACACCUUCUUCAACUACGAGCACCCCUCCCUGCUCUGGAUCGUCAUGUGCUUCUCCGUUCUGCAAGACCACCUCACACAAGGCUCGCGCGUCGAUUUCUUCCACCACACGGUUCUGCGUUUCAGGCAGAGCACAAGGUGGUCGCGCAUGGAGAAGACGCUGAAAGAAUUCUUGUGGACGGACGAAAGGCUUAGGGAGUGGAAGUGGGCGUGGGAGGAUGCUAUUGGGAGUCACAGACCUAUGGGCUAUGAGAGUCGGACGCCGAGUAAGAGUCCGGAGAUUGAGGGGUUUGCCAGGGAUGGCGUUGUGACGCCUGCCCCUUCGAUUGAUAGAUAUGCGAACCUCAGGCCUCCGAUGGAGGUGGGCCUGCAGAUCAAGAUGGAGGAGUGA